AUGUUCGUCACGAACGCGAUCGCGGCGUGCGCGGUGGUGGUGAGCGGGACGGCGGACGUCGCGUCGGCGCUGGAGGACGUCCCGGAGCGGUACGCGCGCCUGGCGAGAGACGUGGUGGACGCGUUGCGAACGUCGUUGGAGCACGAAGCGGUGGACGUGAGCGCGAGCGCGAGCGAACGGUUCAAGUACGCGGAACCGGCGAAGAAGGCGGUGAAGGCGUAUCUGUCGUACGAAGGGAGCGCGGACGCGCGCGAGAGCGCGUCGUACGCGGACAUCGCCGAGGCGCUGCGAGAGCUGAGCGCGUUUUACAAACGAAACGGCGCGACGACGCCGCUCACCGAGGAGACGCGGACGAAGAUUUUGAAAUUAUUGACCGAGGCGAGCGCGUCGUUACCGCCCCCGGAGCCGUCGUUGAUGGAUAAGGUUUUAGAACGACUCGCGUGA